UUACUUAUAAUGUUGAGAUGGUGUGUUUGAAAGUGUCCGUUCUCGACGAAAAUCCAGUCCCAGUGACACAGACAAGGUCAGGUUAUUGUUAAAGAGUGAAACAAAAUAUUUUUGAGCCAAGCUGCACCUGCAAGAUAAGGGUGAACAUACAUAAUGGUGUUCUGGGACAGCUAACUCUAAACAUAUUGGUGUGUGGGUCAUCCUGACCCUAAGAAAACUGUAUAAAUAGAAGAGCUUCAGCUCUGGUUUUUGAGAUCGCAUUUUAGGACGUCUCAAACGGUGUGGAUCUUGUGUGGUUGAACGGAACGAAUAAACCUGGACCCUUGAUUCUUCUCACUCACGGCUGGUGUCUUAUUUUUGUUUCUCCAAUUGAAUAGGAAGGUUCAAAGGUCCAGAAUGUCUCAGUGGAAACAAAUGACGCAAAAUGAGUUGGAGAAACAGUAUUCACCCAGCCAGUGGUCCCACAGGAUGUCCGCUGAUGACGUGAUAAAAGCGCACGUGGCGGCGCUGAGAUCAGGUACAGAGAAGGCUCGAGCUGUUACUCAGAACAUUCUGGAUGUUCCUUAUGGUGAGGCAGAGGAAGAGAAACUGGAUGUGUAUAUGCCUAUCAGUUCCUCCCCAGAUGUGCCUCUAGUUAUCUACCUCCAUGGUGGUUACUGGCAGUUCCUGAGCAAGGAGGAGUCAGGUUUCAUGGCUGUACCAUUGGCCCACAAUGGUGUUGUGGUGGUUGCUGUUGACUACAGCACUGCCCCGAAAGGUAAUAUGGAUCUGAUGGUAUCUCAGGUACGCAGGAGUUUGGUGGCUGUCAUUCAGCAGUAUUCACAUAUCAGUGGGCUGUACCUGUGUGGUCAUUCUGCAGGUGCACACCUGGUGGCCAUGGUUCUCUCUACUGAUUGGUCAGAGUACAGUGUAUCACCUCAAAUCAAAGGAGCGUUCCUUGUUAGUGGCAUUUAUGACCUGCUGCCCAUUCUGUCCACCUAUGUGAACGAGCCACUGAAGAUGACAGAAGAGGUGGCUCUUAGGAACAGCCCCAGUCAGUUAGUGUCUCAGCUAAAAACGUCCUCAUCUGGCUGCGACAUUGUUGUCGCCGUGGCGCAAAACGACUCCCCUGAGUUCCGGAAGCAGUCGGAAGAUUACUUCAAGUCUUUACAAGAUGCCGGACUUAAGGUUACUUUUGAAGACAUACCUGACACAGAUCAUUUCAACAUCAUCGAGCAGCUUGUAGAUGAAAAUUACUACCUCACACAGCUCCUACUGAAGAUGAUGGGCAAAAGCUGAGGAGAUGCAAUUGGUCUAAAAUCAUCAACGACGAUGGUCUUGUCUCAUUCUGUGCUAUAUAAGCAGUAACCUUCUUAUUAACUAUGCCUGACUUGUCAGUUUAUCUAUAGAUCAAUCGAAUCUUAUUUCUUGGUUACUUUAUUAGGGAGUAACAGGGUAUUUACACACCAGCCUAUUCUGUCUUGCUGCUUGUGUGUGCUAGUUCUGCGUACAAUCUUCAGUAUAUUAUGGCUGUGAUUAGUAUCACUGUGAAUUAAUGUACUUGAACAAUGUUUCAGAUGUUCCUUAACCAAACCUUUAUCGGAUGAUUACCAUCCUAUACUGUGUUGCAAAUUAAUGUAGCAAAUUCUUCUACUGUACAUGAGGAAAUGAACCAUAUCAAGGUUGGAACUGCUAGACAUUUUCGAAACUUCAGUUUUAGCACGAUUUAGCAUAUCAGACUGCACCGAAGCGAUAACAAGGCUUAGCGUGUUUGGUCUAGCUGCUCAGAUGUCAUGAAAAUGUUGUUAAUGUGCAAAUUGGUCUUAUAUGUACAAGUAAUUACUGCAAUUAAAAAAAAACAUUCAAACAGGU